AAUUCACGCUUUUAUGCAAUCAUUGCAUUGAAAACUCAAUUGAAUUGCGGUUUAAAUGCAAUCAAAGUAUUGAAAAGUUUUUUAUUGAAAAGCUUUUUAUUGAAACUUUAUUAUCAAAUGUCUGUUUUGCCCGAUAAUCAGUCAUCAGGUCCUAAAGGAUUAGGAGAUCCGGAGGACAGGACUCUACGGAAAGUGGAGAACGAGAUACUGAUCCCGAAGAUUAUGCGAGAAUUGGCCCGAAAGGAGAAAUGCACACAAUUUGUCAGAGCUUUCGAGGAAUGCUGUAAAAAGAGUUCACUUCUUAUGGUCGUUAAGUGUCGGACAGAGAACACGCGUCUGAGGGACUGUUUGGCCGAUUGGUAUCACAACCAAGAGUUCAGACAUCACUGCGAAGACAUCUACUUGAAUGAGAGGUCGGAGUACAGGAGGACAGGGGUUAAGUCAAAGACCAAACGAAUGGGUUAACCGUUUCAUCACUUAAUUGUCACCA